AUGACUACACAUACUGUGGAACCUUCACAGGAUCCUACAUCUCCUUAUUUUUUACAUCCUUCCGAUAACCCUGGGAUGAAGCUUGUUUCUAUGCAAUUUGAUGGUGAUGGAUACUCUGAUUGGAGACAAUCCAUGUUAAUCAGUUUAGGUGCUAAGAACAAGACAGGUUUUGUUGAUGGUUCAAUUACCAAACCAGUAGAUGAUGCUGUUUACUUGAAAGCUUGGGAUCGAUGUAAUUCGAUGAUGACUUCUUGGUUGUUAGGAGUUUUGGAUCAAAACAUAGCCAGAUCUGUUUUGUAUUUUAAGUCUGCUAGAGAAAUUUGGAUGAAUUUAGAAGAGAGAUAUGGACAAGCCUCAGGCACGAUGUUGUAUUCAGUUCAACAAUCCUUGUAUGAGCUUAAACAAGGACAGGAUAAUGUUUCUGGUUUUUACACCAAGAUGAAAAUGUUGUGGGAUCAGUUGGAUGCUGUUGAUCCACUACCAUGUUGUGGAUGCACUUGUGGUACUUGUGAUAUUUCUCAGAAGUUGAUUAAGUCUCGAGAUGAUAAAAGAGUAGUAGAAUUCUUGAUGAAGUUGGGUGAUGGUUUUGAGAUCAUCAGAGGAAAUAUUUUGGUUAUGUCUCCCAUACCAUCCAUUUCACAAGUUUACAGGCUGUUAGUUCAAGAGGAGAAUCACAAGAAGAUUUCUCACAUUCCAGCACUACAGGAUGAUCCACCUACUAUGGCUUUCUUUGCCAAUAACAAGAGAUUUUCUCAGGACAAAUAUAAGUCACAGAACAAGCAGAGUUAUUCUGGAGAGGAAUGA